AUGGCUGAAGUCGAAGUGCAGCGCGUCCUGGCGACGAUCAACCAGGUCUUCGUCUUCCAGAUCCCGCCGCAGACGUCGGCAGCCGGCCACAGAGCCGACUCGUGGCCCAGCACGCCGGCAUGGACCGGCCGCUUGCAGGUCUCGUCCGUCGGCGAAGACGCCGUCAUUGAGCUCAAGGAUCCCAACACAGGCGCCUUGUUCGCAGCCUGCCCGAUCAAGGCUGGCGGACCGCCUGCCAUUCAAAAAGUCGUCGACAGUAGUCGCUACUUCGUCCUGCGCGCCGUCGAUCGCGCCUCUGGCCGCCACGCCUUCAUCGGCAUUGCGUUUAACAACCGCAGCGACGCCUUCGACUUCAACGUUGCUAUCGACGACUUCAACAAGGAACUAAAGCGCGAGAAGACUCAGCAGCAGACCACCACUUCGGCCCCACCUGUCGACUACUCGCUUAAGGAGGGCCAGACCAUUCGGGUCAAGCUCAACACCAAGAAGAAGAGCGCCGACAAAGCCGAGGAGGAGGACGAUAUCGAUCCGUUCGCCUCGUCGAGCUCGCCGAAGAAGGCGAGCAGCAGCACCACUGCUAGCGGUGAAACCGAUCUGCUGGGGUUCUCCAGCGCUGCGUCGACCAGCAACUGGGAGACCUUUUAA